AUGGCACCAACUCAGACUCCUUCUGCGUCCACAUCUACCGCGGAUAGUGGUAAUGCUUCAAACAAUGCUGGAAUAAUUGGGGGCGCCGUUGGCGGAAGCGUCGCUGCGGUGAUGAUUCUUGGGCUGACUUGGUUCAUCUGGCUCAGGAGGAGGAAGGCUGCCAAGUCUAGCGGUGCCAGCAACAUGGCUAACAUGGUCGAGCUGAACAGUGGCGAGAGAAAGGAAUUGUAUUCGCAGAGGAUGCCGCCUGGAUACUCAAGACAACCAUCCGAGCUCCCUACGACGGCCCCACUCAUUGAGCUUGGAGGUGGAAACUCGCCGCCCGGAGCAGCAAGAUGA